CACCCAGGAAGUUCUGCCUUUUCUUCUCUUUCGGUGUCUCCUGUACUCACCAAAAUUUCCCCUCCUCCUGUGUCCUCUUCGCCCCCCUCCUUUGGGGGCCCUGUGACCCUGAAUGUGGGGGGCACACUAUAUUCCACCACGUUGGAGACCUUGACCCGCUUCCCAGACUCCAUGCUGGGGGCCAUGUUUAGGGCCGGCACCCCCAUGACCCCCAACCUCAACCCCCAAGGAGGUGGCCACUACUUCAUCGAUCGUGAUGGCAAGGCCUUCCGGCACAUCCUCAAUUUCCUGCGGCUGGGCCGCCUGGACCUGCCCCGUGGGUAUGGAGAGACAGCACUUCUCAGGGCAGAGGCUGACUUCUACCAGAUCCAGCCCCUCCUGGAUGCCCUGCGGGAGCUGGAGGCCUCUCGGGGGACCCCUGCACCCACAGCUGCCCUGCUCCAUGCAGAUGUAGAUGUCAGCCCCCGCCUGGUGCACUUCUCUGCUCGCCAGGGCCCACACCACUAUGAGCUAAGCUCUGUCCAUGUGGACACCUUCCGAGCCAAUCUAUUCUGCACCGACCCGGAGUGUCUGGGUGCCUUACGUGCCCGAUUUGGUGUGGCUAAUGGGGACAAGGCAGAGGGGAGCCCACAUUUCCAUCUGGAGUGGGCCCCCCGCCCUGCAGAACUCCCUGAGGUGGAGUAUGGCAGACUGGGGCUGCAGCCACUGUGGACUGGGGGGCCAGGAGAGCAGAGGGAGGUGGUGAGCACGCCGAGCUUCCUGGAGGAGGUGCUGCGGGUGGCUCUGGAGCACGGCUUCCGCCUAGACUCCGUCUUCCCUGACCCUGAAGACUUGCUCAACUCCCGAUCUCUGCGCUUUGUCCGGCACUGAGGAUUCUGCCCUCAGUUUAAUUGUGGGGAGGAGAGGGAAUGGGAUAGCUAAAGGGGUAAAGCCUCCCUUGAAGCCUCUUUCUAGCUCUGCCGCAGGAGCUGUGAGAGUCAGGGGUCCCACUGUGCCUGACUGGAGCCCAGAUGUGGGCAAGAAUUCCUAAACCUGAGCACACGUAGAGCUAAUAAGUGCUCCAGAGGGUCUGGAUGGGUGUUGAUCCUGGGAGGGACAGGAAAGGUUCUCUUGGCUUGUUCUUACCUGAGGCUAGGGACCUCCAGUGUCUCCUUGGUUGGAGAUCAGUAUUCAGGGGUCUGAAAAACAGGGAACACCUCUUUGCCCAGGGUAGGCCUAGCAGAACUCUGGAGGGGCUCUGAGGUCUGGGGGAAAGGGGAGACUUUGAAUUGCUCUAACAUGGUCUCCCGGACCGUGCUGCUCCUCCUGGAGCUGGGUGGCUUGGCUUGGUCUGACCAAUGAGAGGCAAGAACACUCUGGAACAUGGGAAGAGGUGUCCCAAGCCACUUAUUGAGGGAGACAGAAAGCCCACACCCCUCCCUAGUUUGGCAUAAGGGAGCUAGGAUAAUCCCCAUUAGCAAUGGGGCUGGAGCAGCCCUUUGGAAUUCCAAGUGUUUUAAAGGAUCUCGUAUUGAUGAUGGAGCUGGUCAUGGCGGGGAGUGUGGUAUCUUUCUAUGUCCUAGCCUUAUUUCCUUCAUGUGUGUGUGCACAUCAGCUAGUGUGUCUGAGUGACAUAUGGAUACCUGGCAUCUUGAUUCCCACCUGUGUUGCUGGCUACGUGUCUGUGUGCUGGUCUUUCUGUGAUCUCUGCAUGUCCAGGCCUGUUUGGGGUUGCCCAGCAAACUUCUGGCAUGGGGUGUGUCUGUGGUAUGUGUGUGAGGUGAUUGAGAAUUAGUAGCUUAGUCACAGGGUGUGUGUGUGUGUGUGUGUGUGUGUGGUGUGUGUGUGUGUGUGUGUGUGUGUGUGUGUGUGUGUUUAUGUGCACACAUCACUAUGUAGGCAGGCGGGGCCUGUUGGGGUUUGAGUCACUAGGAUCUUCCUGGUGAGAGGUUAAGAGAAGUCACUGGGCUUAGCUGGGCCUCUGAAGCCUGUCUGGAACUCUCUGUUGCUGAGGCAACCAUGGGUCUGUUGCUAGGAGAUAGCUGGGGAAGGCCCAAGGCUGUGCAGGGCAGAGAGGAGAUGAAGAGUUUCGGAGAAUGGGGGAGGAUAUGCGAAGGGAUGGGAUUUCUGUGUCCCUGAAGGGAUGGGAUACUCAUGUACCUCUUCACUGGGGGAAUCACUCAUUAUUUAUCUCUGGUCAUGAUUUACAAGAAAAAUAAAAUUGCUUU